AGAAACCAGACCCUUGAUUCACCAGGUACUUUACCAGCCUCCUUUAGCCCAGAAGACACUUUCUUCCUCGUCCUGAGCCGAAAGAUGAAGCUCGUGAUUGUGCCGCUUCUACUCGUUGCCGUCUGCUCGGUAGCAGACCGAUGCCUCGGCGAGCCACGGUCGUCCUGCUCGUACUCUCCCUCGCAGUGGUGCAGCACCGUGGACGCCGCUAUCGAAUGUGGGGUGUUGAAGCAGUGCCUGGAGGCUAACGCCACCAAGAUCCAGUCCCAGGCGGUGCAGGUGGGGCUGUACUAUGAGAGCUUGUGUCCUGGCUGCAGGGGCUUCCUCACCCAGGAGCUGUUCCCCACAUGGACCCUGCUACAAGACAUAUUGGACAUCACACUGGUGCCCUACGGCAACGCACAGGAGUCAUUUGAUGGGAAGAUGUACCACUUCACCUGCCAGCAUGGAGAGGAGGAGUGUCUGGGAAACAUAAUGGAGACCUGUAUAAUGAACCUGACUUCCAGCUCAGCAUUCCAGAUCAUCUACUGUAUGGAAUCCUCCACUGACGUGGUAAAGGCUGCUCAGAGUUGUCUGCAGCUGUACUCCCCGUCGCUGCCCUGGGAGAAUGUGAUGUCCUGUGUGAAGGGGGACCUGGGGAACGGCCUGAUGCACCAGAACGCCAUGAAGACCGACGCUCUGAAGCCCUCACACCAAUACGUCCCCUGGAUCACCAUUAACGGGGACCACACUGAUGACCUGCAGGACAAGGCCAUGUCCUCCCUAUUCCCUCUGGUGUGCAGCCUCUACAAGGGCACCAAGCCUGAGGCCUGCGGAGCAGCUUCAACUAGGAGACACAGGAGCUAUUGCCAUGACGAUUAGAAAACACCUGCUGGGCGCCCAGAGGGAGAGAGAGUGUGUGUGUGCUUGGGGUCUGACACCUCUGUGUCACUCAGGGUUUUAAUCUGUAUAGCCUCAUACAGAACUGGGUUUAAUUAACCAGCUGCUGAUUUAGCUAUUGUGUAAUCUGUAAUCUGAUGUUUUAUAAAGGGUUAAUAAAGGGAAAGUAUGAAUUAUUAGCAAAUAAAAAAAGUACUGUAUCUUUCAUAACUAGAGAGGGUACAAUUUCUGGGGAAAUUGUAGGGUGUGCUUGCUUGCGUCGGUUGCACAGGGGUCCGUUUUUGAAUGACAUUUUUACAACUUAUAUUUCUGUAUAUGUUAUAUAAAAAUGCAUACAUAUUUAUAAAGAUUACAUAGAUUUAAAA